CUACGACCUGACGAGCUGGGUGGCCCUCGGAGACUCGCCGCGCCAUGGCGGGCACGGCCUAUGACCACGUGCGAGCGCGGAUGGCACAGGCCCAGGAGGAGGACGCGAGCAGCGAGUGGUUUGAUGGAGCAAGCGAGACGCGCAGUGAGAGGGCCUCCCAGGUGAGCAGAGCCUCCCGGCCAGCCGGCCUCGCACCCGUGCUGGGCAGAGACGUGGCACCAGCUGUGGGUUUCCGUGUGGCGGUGCUGGACGCGCACCUGUCGCGCCUCGCGGAGCCCACGGGGGUCAUCACCGAGCUGCGCUGCGGCGGGGCCCGGGUCCGGGUGCAGCACGACGGCUCGGGGAUGGAAAGGUACUACAACACCGGCAAGGACGAUGAGUUCCAGUUGGUUCUUCUAGCUGCCGAUGCCAGCCGACCUCGUUUUGCGCUGCCCCGUGCGCCAUCGAAAGUAGACAUCAAGCCAGAGGUGCAGACACCCCGGAGCUACGCAGAGCGCAGGAGCACGACGCCGAGCCAGAGAGGGAUGGAGCCGACCGAGCCGAGCGGCGUGGCGGUUUCCAGCAUGCAUGCAGACCCUCCGGCAGCCACGAGGAGCAACAGCGUGUCCAGCGCGCAAACGGGCCCCUCCCGCACCUCCAGCCGGCCCCGGUACUCGGAGGUGCGCAAGGCCCGGCGAGCCUCAGCCCAGCCCGAAGUUCAGCCAGAGGUGUCCUGCGCCAGUUCCGUGAUCAGCGCUGGCGAGCCGCGGCCUCGACCUCGCCCAGAGGCGCAGGCGGCGACGGCGCCGACGGCGGCGACGGCGCCGAUGGCGAUGGCGCAGACCUUCCCAGGGGUUCUGCCGGAAGGAGACCUGACCCCACGCACAAGGAGCAGGUACUCGGAGCUCAGGAAGUCCCGGAGCCCCAGGCCGCAGCCCGUGGCCGAGCCGGCCUUCGCGCCGGAGCCCUCAGAAGGAACGACGGCAGGUCGUUCGCCCACCACACCGUUGGCUUCGGAGCGUCCGGAGCCGAAGCCGGAGCCGAAGCCUUCCAGCGGAGCUGACCUGGCGGAGGUGUUCCGGCGCCUGGAGAAUUUGGAGUGCGAGACCAUGUCGCUGGCUGGUCAGGUGAGCGACUUGAAAGCCCUGAACCGCCACGACAUUCAGCUCAUCCGAGAUGAGAGCCGCCAGCAGGCGGAGGCGUGCGAACGUCUCUGCCGCUUGAGUUGCAGAGACGAGGGCCGCAGGCAGCUGGAGGCGUGCGAGGACCAGCUCCGGCAGUUCCAGGAAGAGAACCGCAAGCAGCUGGAGAGCGCGCAGAGCCGGAUCUUCGCCAGCG